AUGGUCACCGUCGCAAUCGCAGCAGGCAAUGGUCACGUCGGUGGCACCAUUGCCUCGGUGCUCAAGGAGAACCCGAAGCACAAGGUCAUCAUUCUGUCCCGCAAACCCGCAGAAUCCGAAGACCCCAAGGCUCCCACUUAUGUUGUCGACUACGGCAACGUGGAGGCGACCGCAGAGCUUUUGAAAAGCCAUAGCGUUCAUACCGUCAUCUCAGCCAUCUUCGUCGUCUCGCCCGAAUCUGGUGCAGCCGAGAUCAAUCUUGUCAAUGCGGCUGUCCAGUCCGGCUCCGCGAAGCGGUUCAUAUCCAGCGACUGGGGCCUCCCCCGUCCCAAGGAUGACCCCCAGCCAUUCCGCCAAGCAACCGUCGACGCCCUGCGCAAGACGGAUCUCGAGUUCACCACCUUCCACGGCGGCUACUUCCUCGACUACUUUGGGAUGCCACACAUCAAGAGCCAGCUCGUUCCGACCGUCUGGAAUGUCGAUAUGGAGGAUUGCAAGGCCGCCAUUCCAGGUGACGGCAAUGCCAUUGCGGCGUAUACAUACAGCUUCGACGUGGCCCGCUUUGUCGAGGCGGCGCUGGACUUGCCCAAGGGCGAGUGGCAGGAAGCUACCUACUGCUACGGUGAUAAGGUCUCGUUCAACCAGAUCAUUAAGUGGGCAGAGGAAGCACGAGGACGCAAGUUUGAGGUCAGCUACGACAGCAUCGAAAAGCUCAAGACCGGACAGAUGACGGAACUUCCUGGACACUUGCCUACCUAUGAGUUCAUCCCAAAGGUUCCGUUUCAGGGUCUCGUUUCCCAGUUUGGGUGGCUCAUCGCUGAGGGUUUCCUUGACUUUCCCGAGGAGCGUUGCAUCAACAAGAAGUUCCCAGACAUCAAGACGACGACGGCCAAGGAGGUGAUUGAUGCUUGGAAGGGAAAAUGA